CGCGGCAAAUGUUGUUGUGGUGCUGUACCAUCUCGUUAGCUAAACAAUGUUUCUGUUUCACUGCAGCAGCAGAUGUCUUAGAUGAAUCAUUUACAGCUAUACGUUCUAUCUUUAUUUGCUUCAAUAACCAAGAACGCUGUACAUAACUGUAACAAUCAACAAGGGUUUUUUGAAAUCGUUAUACGAUUUGUUCACCAUGGUCAACAGAAAGAUCUUAUCAUUGGUCUUUGUCCGUGAAUCAACUAAAAUUCUGCUAGGCUUCAAGAAGCGUGGUUUUGGUCAAGGGCGUUGGAAUGGAUUUGGAGGGAAAGUGGAACAGGGUGAAACAAUAGAGGAGGGAGCAAUUAGAGAACUACAGGAAGAGGCAGGAGUAUUGAGCCAUGACUUAUCUAAGAUAGGACUCCUUGAGUUUGAGUUUGUGGGUGAGCCAACAAUCCUCCAAGUCCACGUCUUCACUACUACCAGCUACAUUGGACUGCCUACAGAGUCAGAUGAGAUGAAACCACAAUGGUUUGAGGUUGACAGAGUUCCAUUUGAUGAGAUGUGGCCAGAUGAUUCUCUAUGGUUUCCCCUCAUGCUGAAAGGUGCAAAGUUUCAAGGGUAUUUCCUCUUUCAUGGUCAUCAUAAUAUACUUAAAUAUAAUUUAGAAGAAGUAGAAAGAUUCAAGUACUAAGAUGUAUUUAUACACAAAAAAGUGUGGAUACAAUGUACUUGGUGAAUUUGGUCACUGCUUGGAUUGUUUUUGAUGAUGCUACUAAUUUUUUAAAAUUAGGAUAAAAUUUAAUUACUGUAUGUUAAAUCUUUUGAUUAAUCUUUUUUUUUAAAAAAAGGGUCAUUAUUAAAAUAUAUGAUUUUAUUGCUGCAAAGUGAUUAGGCUCAGUAAUGAAAGAUGAAGACAAGUGAUUUUCUGUGAAUUUAUUCUUGUAAGCAAUCUUUAGUUCCACAGAAAUGUAUUUUUUCUUUGCACAUUCCUUAAUAUCUAUUACAGAGAUUCAGUUACAUUGUCUUUUGAUAACUCUCAGUGUCAUAACACUAUUGUAAAUUAUUGAUUUCUUUUUCAUAUACUUUUCAAGUAGCUUAGCAUAUGAUACAAGUCUUUAUUUACUGAAUUUAAUAAACCAUGAUAGUCUUAAAAUGUACUUUAUUAUGGUAUGUGGCAUGGUGUUUACAAAGGGAUGUUGUCAAUAUUACCUUGGAUCCAUUUACUUUCUUUGUGCAUGUAAAAUACUGUUUCUUUCAGACAUUUUUUAGGGGAAGGCGAGGUGGACACUAAGUUCACACAAAAAUAAAACCCACCCAGUGCAGUAAAUUCUUGUUUCCAUUCUAUAAUCCUGAUAGUCUUCUUUAGUCUACAUCCUUCUCUAAUCAUGCCCUAUUUAGUUUAGUUUAGUCCUUGUUACUCCUCGAGGAGCAUAGGGCCGCAAGCAUGCUCUAUUUGCUCCUGUAUAUUUUAAAAUAGUGCCUUUCUAUUUGGGCAAGUGCUGAUUUCAGUCUAGCUUUUACUUAAGACUCAGUAGAGGUUAGAUGAAGACUGUAUGUCUAAAGAGAAGCCAACAAUACACAUUAUUUAUGAUAGAGAUUUAGUUUCUCAGACUUAUCAUUUCUCCAUCUCAUUAUACUUAAACUUAUUAUAUUAUUUAUAGACAGUGGUAUUUCAUCAGCUCAUCUGGUAAUCAUUGCAGUUAUACAUGUCACAAAACAGCCUGCACGAUCCAUGCAUUAACACUUGAUCUUCUGUGGAUAUUUACAGUGAGUUGUAGGCUGGAUAAAGAUGGAAGUGUGAGAUCAAAUGAUAAUGAAAACAUAGGAGUUUGUGAUUGACCCAUAAAGCAACCCAUGCAUUAACUCAUACACUCAAUGAUAAGCCAUAUUUCCAAAAAAAUUCAUUAAUAACGCUAAAUCUACCAUAUACAAUGUUGGAUGUAAAAUAAAUUAACUAAUUCGUUAUCAUGGAAGAAUUUUUUUAGAGUUUUCCAUUUUAAUAAGUUUAACUCUAAUUCUCUUUUUUAUCAUGUUUUGUGUACACCUUGACAGUGAUAUUAUUCACCAACUACAGAAAGUCUCUUCAUUAAACUGCAAGGCAGUAAAGUCUUCGAAUUGAUUUGUAUCUUGUUUUUGGCAAAAUCAUUUAGGUAAACACUGUAAGCAUGACAGUUGAAACAGCAUUUAGAAGGAAAAAAGUUUCUAUGGUUUGUGGCAUCCUGUCAUACAUCCCUUCUGGUAGUCCAGGCGACCACAGGCAUAACAUGUCUGUUAAAUAAAAAGGUAUAAUAUAUUAAUUAAAACAUCGUAUGAAAUCUCCAUGGCAUAAUUUUUGACAAUUUCUGUUUUUCAAAAAUACUUUCUUCUUUCUUUUAAUAGCCACAGUAUGAUAGUUUAUUAGUUAAUGGUUUAUUAUUUUAUGUAAGAGCCAGUUUUCUUCUGAAAACCUACAUUCCAAAAUGGUUUUUUUGUCUGACUUUACAAAGAAAUGUUCAUUUUGUAUUUUACAUAGUAAAAUAGAUUUACUCACCCCCUGAAGCCAUAAUAUGGUCCAAGAAAACCAUGAAAUGAAACAGACAGAACAACUGUAAAGAUUUUUGGAAAUUUCAUGCUUUAAAUCUAAACUUACUAUUUUUGAAGUAUUAUACAUUUCUAUCCUAAUACUUAAUGUGUUAUAGAACUUCAGCACUGGAAUUUCUUGAGCUAAUGGACUGUGCAUUUUCCAUAUUUCAUAACAAUAUAGCCCUUAUCUCAUACACAGAUUUCAAAGCAGUUAUCCGUAAUUCGAGGUAAUGCUUAAUUCAAACUGACAAAAUAGAACACUUCUGUUUAUUAGUUGUUAAUGUCACCUUAGCUUUGUAUAUUGAUGAGAAGACACUUGGAAUGCAUUCAUUUAAUUUAAAAAAAUGAAAAAAGAAAGUGUACAUACCCCCUGUGACACAGACACCAGCAUAUGAAAAGAAAAAAAAUAAUACUAUGAUGAUUUUUUAAAUUAUAUAUUCCCGUAUGCUUUAGCUUGUCAUUUAAAUGCUGGAGAAAAAGCUGGAUGUUGGCGACAACAGAAUUAAGUUAUUUUAAAGGGGUGUCAAUGGUGAGUUCUUGCAAGCAAAGUCAUAUUGAUAGUUAAGUUUACUUGAUAAUGCAAUUACUAGAUUAUAUAAUUUAUACAAAAAUGCUACUGCUACCACUUUGGUUA